CAUGAGCUUCCUCCUCAAAGGUCAGACCCCACAGCUGAGACCCUGCCAGUCUGUAAGCCUGUCUACUGGGCACCCUUGCACCCUGUCUGCUGCUGUGCCCUGGGAGCUGCUGCUGAGGGACCCUGCACACUGUCCGUGGCUGCGUGUCCCUGGAAGCUGUCUGCUGCUGAGUGUCCCCACUGUGUGCACCGACCACCCGUGUUCUGAACUGUCCCCCGCUGUGUGCACCGACCACCCGUGUCCUGAACUGUCCCUGUUGUGCGCACUGACUACCUGUGUCCUGAACUGUCCGCGCUGUGUGCACCGACCGCCCGUGUUCUGAACUGUCCCCGCUGUGUGCACCAACCACCCGUGUUCCAAACUGCCCCGCUGUGUGUGCGCGGACCACCCGUGUCCUGAUGGCACGCCCGGAGUAUAGCUACCUGUGUGGUAGGUUUGCAGCCUGUUGCCCGAGCCCCUGCCCAGGGUAGGUUGCCACCUGUUGCCCGAGACCCCUGCCCAGGGGUAGAUUGCCGCCUGUUGCCCAAGGCCCCUGCCCAGUGGUAGGUUGCCGCCUGUUGCCCGAGGCCCCUGCCCAGUGGUAGGUUGCCUCCUGUUGCCCGAGAACCC